CAGUACAACUCAUACGCGGAAGUGUUGAAGAACUUGAAGAAUAUCUAUGACUCCAAUCGUCUUAUGUUAGGCAAAAGGGAUGUCAUCCGAGAGACCGUCGAAACAGAUAUUAAUGGAAAUGUGAUUAAAGUGGACGGAAAAGUGUUGAGAAAAUUUGUGUUAAGCGAUAGUUACAAGUGGUUGACUGUCGGGGAAGUGGUCCAGAGAGUGGAUAAUAUCGCCAAAGGAUUAGUGAGAAGUGGUGUCAAAAGUGGUGAUAAUGUGAUCAUUUGGGCGGACACUCGACUCGAGUGGACUUUAUGUAGUCUAGCACUCGUGAAAAUCAACGCCACUUUGGCCACACUUUACUCAACAUUAGGCACUUCUGGUCUAAUAUACGGCAUAAACCAAACCGAAGCCAAGACUAUAGUCACGACAUUUGAUUUGUUGCCAAAAUUAAAGAGUUUUUUGCCGGAAGUGCCAAAUCUUAAGACAGUAAUCUAUAUGCAGAAUACAAAGGAUCAAGUCGUUGAUAACUUUCCAGAGGAUAUAUCCAUCAAAUCGUUCGAAGAGUUGGAGGAAUCGGGCGCUGAAGACAAGAAUAUUCUUGAAUACCAUUUACCGAAAGACACGAACGAAACGGCAGUUAUAAUGUAUACCUCGGGAACCACUGGCGACCCGAAAGCCGUGUGCAUAUCACACAAAUCACUGAUGGUUACUCUUAAGGGGUGUCUCAGCAAUAGUACCGACGCUGAUAUCAAUGAAUUUGACAGACAUAUGCACCUGUCGUACCUACCAUUGGCCCAUAUUAUGGGCUUUAGUUUCGAAAUGUUUACCCUUUUUGCUGGUAUUAGAGUGGGCUACAGUUCCCCACUGACACUAACGGACUCAUCGCCAGGUCUGGCCACUGGGCAGUCGGGUGACGCGAAACUCCUUAAGCCAACAUUCAUGGCAGCGGUUCCCCUGGUUUUGGACCGAAUGCUCAAAGAAAUAUACGACAAACUCAGCCAAAGAAGUCCAAUAUCUGCACCACUUUUCACAUAUCUAAUGGACUAUAAGAUCCGAUGGAAGGCUCGGGGUUAUGACACACCGAUUAUUAAUAGGUUGCUCUGCGGACGGGUAGCCGAAGCCGUGGGCGGACGACUGGAAUACAUACUGGCCGGUGGGGCGGCCGUCAAUCCCAGGACUCAGGCUAUACUCAAAGCGGCCCUCAAUUGCAAAAUAUCUCAAGGUUACGGGGCGACAGAGGCGGGCGGCGGUGCGAUAGCCAACCACUGGGAUGACCUGGCUUAUAAUACAACCGGCAUUCCCGUAGUGGGCUAUCAAAUGAAGUUAGUCGACUGGCCAGAGGGCGGCUAUUUGGCCACAGAUAAGCCCAACCCUAGGGGCGAGCUAUUGAUAGGCGGCGAUCAGGUGUCGAACGGCUAUUAUAAAGCGCCGGAACUGACGGCCGAGUCGUUUACGACCGAUAGUCGGGGCGUCCGGUGGUUCCGGACGGGAGAUAUCGUUGAGGUGUUGACCGACGGCUCGUUUCGCAUCAUCGAUAGGAAGAAAGAUUUGGCAAAACUCGCGAACGGAGAGUAUAUCUCAUUGGGAAAAAUUGAAUCCACACUCAAGUCGUGUCAAUAUGUGGAGAAUAUCUGUGUUAUAGCCAUAAGUGAUGCCAAUUGUGUGGUGGCUUUAGUCACUCCCAAUCAUAAAUCACUGUUAAGUUUAGGCAAACAAUUAGGAAAACCUAAUACUUAUACGAGAGACCAGUUAUGCGCCGAUCCCUCAGUUUGCGACAAAGUUUGUGAAAGUAUCCGACAAAGCGCUCAAUUGAAUGGUUUGACGAAAAUUGAAAUUCCCGUCAAAAUCAAGUUAUGCGCCGAAGAAUGGACAGCAGAUAACAACAUGAUUACAGCCGCCAUGAAACUCAAGAGGAAUAACGUUACGUCUUAUUAUAAAAGUCACAUCACAGACAUGAUUGACUCAAUCAAUAAGUAA